GUUGCUACCCCUUGCACCCAUCCGCGAUACCCGCACAAUCUCUGGAUACCCCAUACACCCACCGAAUUACGCGCGGAAUAUUUCGAUGAGCUCGCUCGCAGCUAUGGGCAGCGAAGCCUCGUCCAUCUUCCUCACUCGCGCCCUCGCGCCUGAUUAUACGCCGCACGCCUUUCUGCGUAUCGCAUUCUCGUCAACAGAAUGGAACGCCUUGUUCAGAACACUCAACACGCAGCCUCGUCGUAAGGAGCUGCGCCAGCCCGCCAUCUUAUUGCUGCGAACGUUCUUGGCGGACCGGUUUGAGAGGACCGUGAAGGCGCGACGCGCAAAGCGAGCUGCUAAAGGCGAGGCCGAAGGCGAUGAUGCUGUGGAAGACGAUACUGCCGUUGCAGACGAAGCGCUAUUCGAGGAUUGGAUGACAGCCAUGCUCUCCCCUCUGAUGCUUGCCAACAUGUUUGCCUGCUCCGCUAUCCUGCCUCCCGACCUUUUGGCCAAGGCAGGAGAGCUGGGCGUAGACUUUCCUCUCCCACAUCAAAUCGCCGCGGACGUCUUCCUCUGCUUCCUUCACGAGAUCAAUACGAAGUCCCCCGAAUCGCUUCACCUAUUCCUCGACACGCUCUACGCGCCGCUUCUGGAGACCGUGUUGGAGGACCGCACACACUCACGCCUGAAGGCCAGAGAGAUGCGCAACGAACCGCUGACUGCUCGACGCGCCCUGGCCAGUCGUCGAUCCAGCGCUCCUUCCUCCGGUCUCGCCAGGCCCGCGGAUUUCAACCUUGCGAAGGCUCCGUGCUUCGAUAGCUCUGGGUUGCUUGUGCUGGACCGGGACUUCGCCUGUUCAUCUCGUACUCCUGCCUCUGCUUCGCCCGCUACCACGCCCACCGUUUCGUCUUCCGCUCUCGUCCAUCUCGAGUCCUCGACCUCCGCUCUCUGCGCCUCCCGCGGCCAAUGGAACUCCUUGAUCCACGCCCUCUGCAGCACGAGGAACCGAGUUAUGGCCUCACCUAUGGGCUGGACGCACAAUGAAGACGACAGUGACCACUCGGACGGUUCAGACUCGGACUCUGGAUCGGAUGCAGAUAGCUGGACAGACUUAGCCGCGAACUCCUUAUUCUUCGUCGACGAUGGCCGUUCCGAUUUUCCCCAGUUUCGCGAUGGCUGCCUCAAUGACGUUGGGGACGGCAUAGUUGAACUCUACGGCAACAUUUGCACUGGUCUUUCCGAUCCUCACAACCCUCUUGUGCGCAAGGUUCUGCGCGCGCUAGGCUUGGCGAACUCGGUUGCGUGCGACGACUUGUUGCGGCAAACGGACCUGGACUUCAAGGUGCCGGUAAAGCUACUCACCGAGGACCAGACGCCAUCGAGGAUCGCCAAGAAGAAUGCUGUCGCUGGCGACUCGAGCGCUCACAACGAAACCGCCCCUCGCACUAUCAAUACUCGGAUUCAUACAUCGGCGCCUGCCAAUCGUGGACCCAGCUUUGUUCGCUCGUUGCCCCCUACUUUGGCCCGGAUCCCGACUACGACCCCUGCCUCUACUAGCACUACGUCCUAUGCUACGCCCUCUUCGUUCCUUGCUGCAUCUGCCCGUUCAUCUGCCACGUCAACUCGGUCUUCUGCGACGCCUUGUCGGUCGUCUUCAACGUCGUCUCGGUCAUCUGCUACGUCUGCCCUGUCUUCUGCUUCAUCGUGGAUGCCUGUCACGCCUACUCCCGUCUCCGAUCCUACCACGUCGAGGUCUUCCUUUGGCUCCACUACCCCGAAGCCACUGGCUAGUACCAUUUCGAGGAUCCCACCCGGCGCUACGCCGACGCCAAUCGCACUUGUGGGGGCUUCGUCCGCUCUCGGAGGGACACCCUCCACGCCCUCCGAUCUUGCAAGGCCACGAACACCUUCCUCGUCGACGCAUGGAGCCUCGACGCCCGCUGCUUUCGACUCGGCAUCCUUCGCGUCGACCUCGACUCCUGCCGCAAGGGCCCUCAGACCCACCGCCUCGACGUCGACAAACUUCCCGUCAGCUUCGAUCUCAGCGUCCUCUGCCAACCUCUCAAUGUCUGAUCUAUCCCAAGCCGACCUACUCAAGCUAGGGCGGCAAGCGCUUCGCCCUGUUCGCUGGGAUGACACGGGCAACCUUUCGGACGUGAACACAUCCGACUUCGGCAAGCGGAAGCGGACGGUCAGCUGUGGGGAACAGUCGAUCUACGUCGGAGAACGUGCGUCGAGCGUCAAGGAACAGACAGCUCUCCUCGAGCAACGAGCGGCUAGCUUCGGGGGACAAACGCUCGGCGCCAGGUCUCGAGCGUCUGGCCUGAGCAUGUCAGCCUCUUACGCGAAGGAGAGGACGCCAAGGAUGGGCAGGCCGUCGCUAUACGCGAGCCAGCGCAUGCCUUCCACCAGCGGACGGGUUCGCACUCUCAGCGCGAGAGCGGCUUCAGAGGACGACCGGGUCGCUCUUUUCAGGAAGAGUAUAACCAUACUCGACGUGCCAGCGCCGACGCCGACCGAGCGAACACCUACGUGCACCAAGCGAGCGCCCGACGUCGCCGAGGACACGCAGGACGCGAAGCUCGUCAGGACGGCCACCGGGAUCAUUCAGCGGAUCACGAAGGGGUCUGCCUCUGGGUCCGAGUUCGACGACGCGGGCCGCCAGGCUCAGGGCGAGCCUCACAGCCUGGGCAAGCGCAAGAGGCAGAGCACCGAGCUGGAGCAGACGCACGUCAAGCAAGGUCCUGGCCUGCCCCCUCACGUCGUUCCCUUCGCCCUCUUCGCCGAGUCUUGGAACGCCCUCGACGAAGUGCCUGCGGAUCCAGCAAAGACGAAGCGUUGGCUGUCGUCGGCGAAGAUGCAGUUCUACGGUUAUAUGUGCGGCCUGCUGGCGAGGUGCCGGGUCGUUGACGAGGAGUUUGUGAAGGCCUGGCUCGACACCGUCACUUCGCCCGCUCACCUCGCUCUCAUGUUCGCCCACUCCGCCAUCAUGCGACCCGACCUUGCAGCCAAGGCCCGCAAGCUGGGCGUCCGGUUGUCUGAGACGGCUCAGGCGGAGGCGUUCUUGCUGAUCCUCUAUAUGUUAUCGAAGCAACGGGGGGUUGAGUGUGACCUCGCCUCACGGCCGACGGGGCUGACACUAGCGUCCUGCACUUUCCGCGAAUUCAUGGAUACGUUGUACAAGCCUCUGCUACGCCGCGCGUCCAGGGCCUACCAGUUUGUGCAGCGACCAGGCUUCGACAACGCCGUCUCGGAGGUGUCGGCGAAGGGCGAGCGAGCUGAACCAGGGAUGGAGAAGCAAGUUCGCAUGCUUCUACACGCUCUGUCGAGCCGUCCGGACCGGGUUUUGAGCGUCGGCGACGCAAGCUCAAAUACGCGGCGCGUUGUAUGGGUGGUCGACGAGGCCACCGCAGAGGUCACUGAGGGCGCCAAGUGCAGGUCGCCGAUCUCUCUGUAGGUGCGCGGCGGUGCUGACGGUGGGCACGAUCAUAGGAUGUCGUGCCCGGCGACUCGCAAUGUCUGCAUCGGCCUCCUUGCAUCGAUGGCGCGUCCGUAAUUCGACUUCUCGACAUAAUUCCCUUCGCCUGGAUGUGGUUACCUUUUGUUCUCGGCCUCUUUCUUUCGGACUCGUUUUGUCUGCGUGGCUACGCUUCUCUCGUCUCGAGCUGUAUCCUACUUCUGCGCUUAGUAUCUGGCAAUCAAACUAUAUGCGUUCAGGCGGG